CUCCUUUUCCCACCUAUUCAGCGUAAAAUGCGCAGCCGAAAAGCGGAGCUCCCCUAGACGCGCACGGUAGCCCUCCGGUCGCUGCCGGUGGGUGACUGACUGGCGACUGCCCCUGUAACGGCACUCCAGUCCACACUGCAUUACUCCACUCCGUGACGCCACCACCCCUCCUGCCCUGCCCAGUCGCUACCUCACCGCACGCCCGCAGCCCGGCGAAGCUUUUGAGAGGGCGCCGAAGAGGUUCGGGAAGAUUAUGGGGAAGCCGGCGAUGGAGAGCAGCAGCGAGGAGGAGCUGGAGGACGACUUCCCGGGCCACGAGUGGAUCACCCCGCAGUCCUCCAUCCGCGCCGCCUACCAGUCCCAGACCGAGAAGGGUAUCAGGAAAAUUUGCUCCGAGCUACUGGAAUUGAAGGAUGCUAUCGAAAACCUGUCCGGCAACAUGCAGUCAAAGUAUCAUGCCUUCCUCAGGAUAUCCGAGGAGGUUGUUGAGGCAGAACAAGAGUUAAUUGAGCUACAGAAGCAUGUGUCUGCCCAGGGGAUGCUUGUGCAAGAUCUGAUGAGUGGUGCCUGUCGUGAACUUGAAAUUUGGCUAAAAGAUAGCAUGGAAGAACAUAUGGGGGAAAAGGAUUUUCAAACCGAACUUAAUGAAAUACUGUCUGUUACUACCCAAGACCCCAAAGCUGUUUUUCUGGAUAAAUUAGACAUUUUGCUCGCAGAGCACAGAAUGGAGGAUGCGGUGCUUGCCCUAGAAUCUGAAGAGAAGAAAUAUAUGGUUGCAGAUAAUUCAGGGAAAGAAACAGAUGCAGAGAUAUCUGCUUUUAAGACAGCACUGUUGAAAAGGAAAUCAAUUCUUGAGAAUCAGCUUGUUAGGUAUUCAGAACAACCAUGUUUAUCUGUUACUGAACUAAGAAAAUCUUUGUCUGGUUUAGCUAAGAUAGGCAAAGGUUCUCUACCCCAUCAAGUACUUCUAAAAACGUUUGGUUCACGCCUUCAGAAAAGCAUUGAGGCAUUUCUUCCCACCUGUUCAAUCUACAAAGAAACUUACUCUGCAACUUUGUCACAGCUUGUUUUUUCAGCUAUCGCAAAGGUGUUAAAAGAAUCUAGUACAUUAUUUGGAGAUAGCCCCACAAAUAUGAAUCGGAUUAUCCAAUGGGCGGAAUAUGAAAUAGAAACUUUUGCGCGUUUGGUUAAAGAAAAUUCUCCUUUGCCUGAGAGUGCUUCUGCUCUUCGUUCUGCCUGCAUGUGCAUACAAGCCAGCCUCACUCACUGCUCUUGCCUAGAAUCACAUGGGCUCAAAUUCUCAAAGUUGCUGAUGGUACUAUUGCGCCCUUAUAUCGAAGAAGUGCUUGAUCUGAAUUUUAGAAGGGUGAGAAGAAAUAUUAUCGAUUCAGCAAGGAAUGAUGAUAUUCUGCUUCUCACUUCUCAAGAAGGAUCACCGCCUUCUGGUUCAGUUGCACCCAACAUGAUGCUUACAAGCAGUGGAAAGAAUUUUCUGUGCAUUGUCAAUGAUGUUUUGCAUCAUGUUACCCCAAUGACCAUAGUUCACUUUGGUGGAACAAUUUUGAACAAACUUCUUCAGCUAUUUGAUAGAUAUGUGGAAACACUUAUCAAAGUCUUGCCAGGACCUUCUGAAGAUGAUAAUGUAGUGGAUUCAAAAGAGCCUGUAGAAUUUAAAGCUGAAAGUGAUGCGCAGCAGAUUGCGCUAAUUGGAACAGCAUAUACGAUAGCAGAUGAAUUAUUGCCAGCAGCUGUAUCCAAGUUUUUUGAUAUGCAAACAGAGAAGAAAGGAACUAGCGGGUCAAGUGAAGGCCUUGGUCCUGGUUCCGUAUGCUCCGUAGAAUAUAAAGAGUGGAAACGCCAUCUGCAACAUUCGAUGGACAAGCUGAGGGAUCACUUCUGCCGACAGUAUGUCUUGUCAUUUAUUUAUUUGGAAGGGAAAUCACGAUUGGAUGCUAGAAUGUACAUGGAUGGGAACAGGGAUGAUCUCUUUUGGGGUUCUGAUCCCUUGCCUUCACUACCUUUCCAGGCACUGUUUGGAAGAUUGCAGCAGCUAGCUAGUGUUGCAGGUGAUGUUCUAAUGGGCAAAGAGAAGAUACAGAAGGUCUUGCUAUCAAGGCUAACUGAAACUGUCCUCAUGUGGCUCUCCAAUGAACAAGAAUUCUGGGAUGUCUUUGAGGACGGGUCCACCCAACUCCAGCCUUCGGGACUUCAGCAGCUUAUUCUCGAUAUGCACUUUGUGGUCGAGAUUGCUGUAUGUGGACGGUACCCACACAGACCUGUUCAGCAGCUUGUUUCAGUGAUCGUAACUCGAGCAAUCACAGCUUUCUCAGCAAGGGAGGUUGACCCACAAAGCGCGCUUCCGGAAGAUGAAUGGUUUCAUGAGACUGCCAAGGCUGCAAUCCACAAACUAAUGCUAGGGAACUCUGGAUCCGAGUCCGACCUCGAAGAACCAAUCGUUCCACAUGAUGAAAUAUCGGAUACGGAGGAGAGCACUUCAACUCUGUCGACUAUGGGCUCUGAAGAUUCAUUUGCUUCUGCAAACAACGAUGACCUAGAAAGCCCUGUUUACUUCACCGAUCCUGAACCUUAGUCAAAGAUUUGCCCCGGUCUUUGUAGAUUGAGUAUAAAUCUGAAGUUCCAUUAUCCUAUAUACUUGUUGGAGAUAUCAUCAUUAAUAAUUAUUAUAUGGAGUAGUUAUCAAGCUUACUUA